AAGCAUGCAAGGCAGUGACAAAAAUCGUAAGGUAAAAAUCUUUACCGCAAAUGGUUUCCAAAUUUCCAUGUCCAAAUCCUCCUAAAACGUAAAACGUAAAACGUAUAUAUAAGAAGAAAAAAAGAUUAAGAAAAACACGGGGCAAAGGCCAAGAAGGACAGAAAAGAAAGCUUCUUCAAGUCAAGAGGGUCUUUGAUUUUUCUGUGUUUCAAAAAAAAAAAAAAAAAAAAAAAAAAAAGCCUCAGAUUCUCUGUCUCAUCAAUCCUCCUCAUUCGAGUCUUCGCCAAUUCUCUCUCGGCGUCAGUCUCAGAUUGACUUCUGUGUACAAGAGCGGAUAUCUAAGCAGUGAGAAGAAGCUUCUACUGUAAAAUGAUCGGGACCCAGUAACGUGUUGCCCUAAAUUCCAUUCCAUUUCAUUUCAUUCAUUUUCCUCUUAAUUUUGGACUGGGGUUCUAGGAGGUUUUUGCUUAUCAAAGGCCUCCAAUUUGAUUAUACUUUCUUCAAAAUCUUUGCGUUUCAAUAAGAUCCAUGUGUGCAUCUACUUUUCCCACUGCUUCAUAUCAUCCUUCAAUUCAAUUUAUAUGAAUAACUCGUUUAAUUUGCCUUCAAACUUGAAGCCCUCACUUUCUAAGACUGGGUUUCGACAUAAUUUGCUGCUGCUUUUCCUUAUAAAAUUGUAAUUAUCGAUCCUGUCUCAGCUUUUUUAGUUUUCAAGAGAGAAAGUUUCGAAUCUUUGAUGGCUAAUCCACGGCAGCCUUCCAUUGGAUACUCUGUCUCUAUCACUCCCUCACACCCAGAUACAACAUCUCCUGACCCCGAGAAAAUUUCCAUACCUCCACCACCUUUAAUUACACCAGGAGCUCCCAGAUUUCCUGUGCCAAGGUUUCAACAGGAUCAAGCUCCUUCUCCAUCACUCAAAACCCCAAAUGCACCAUCACCAGCUAAUGGGUUGAAAACUGGCAGCCCUAUUCCUCAUUUGAGUACUCCACCUGGACCUCCUGUCUUUACUUCCCCUGUCCGGCCUGCUGCUGUGCCUUUUCGUGCUUCACCUGCAACUCCUCAGCCAGUUGCUUUCUCCCCGGGCUCAUCUUUGCCAACAUCUUCGCCCCUCAAUUUUUCAAAUGGGUCACUUGAGUUGCAGCAUGAACUUUCUAAUGUUGCAGAGGAUGAUAUAGCGUCUGUUGGAGAAUCACCAUAUGUCCUAUUCUCAGCUCAUAAGGUGUUGAAACAGAAGAAACAAGCAAAUAUACCCAGUUUGGGAUUUGGGGCAUUGGUUUCACCUGGAAGGGAGAUUUCACCAGCUCCUCAGAUAAUACAACGUGAUCCUCAUCGCUGCCACAGUUGCGGAGCUUAUGCGAAUAUCUACUGCAAUAUCUUACUAGGCUCAGGUCAGUGGCAGUGUGUAAUUUGCCGAGACCUGAAUGGAAGUGAGGGCGAAUACAUAGCUCCCAGCAAGGAAGAUCUUUGUAAUUUUCCAGAGUUGUCAUCUCCCAUGGUUGAUUAUGUUCACACUGGGAACAACAGACCCGGUUUUAUCCCAGUUGCUGAUUCAAGAAUGUCUGCACCUAUUGUUCUUGUCAUAGAUGAGUGUUUGGAUGAACCACAUCUCUGGGAUUUACAAAGCUCCUUGCAUGCUUUUGUCGAUUCACUUCCCCCAACAACGAGAAUUGGAAUAAUACUCUAUGGUCGCACAGUAUCAGUUUAUGAUUUUUCAGAGGAAUCGAUUGCAUCUGCUGAUGUGCUUCCAGGAGAGAAAUCACCAAGUCAGGAUUCCUUGAAGGCAUUGAUAUAUGGAACGGGUAUAUACUUGUCUCCAAUGCAUGCUUCACUGCCUGUAGCACAUGCCAUAUUUUCAUCAUUGAGGCCAUACAAAUUGAAGAUUCCAGAAGCUUCUAGAGAUCGGUGCCUGGGCACUGCAGUCGAGGUUGCUCUUGCUAUAGUUCAAGGGCCAUCAGGAGAAAUGUCUCGAGGAGUAAUUAAAAGGUCUGGAGGUAAUAGCAGAAUCAUUGUUUGUGCUGGUGGCCCCAAUACAUAUGGUCCUGGAUCUGUUCCUCAUUCUUUCAGUCACCCAAAUUAUCCUCAUAUGGAAAAGACUGCUUUGAAAUGGAUGGAGCAUCUGGGUCACGAGGCACACCGACACAAUACAGUAGUUGACAUUCUAUGCGCUGGGACAUGCCCUGUAAGAGUUCCUAUUUUGCAACCUCUUGCAAAAGCUUCUGGGGGCGUUUUUGUUCUCCAUGAUGACUUUGGGGAAGCCUUUGGUGUGAACUUGCAAAGGGCAUCUACCAGGGCAGCAGGCUUCCGUGGGUUCUUGGCAAUACGUUGUUCCGAUGAUAUUCUCAUAACUCAAGUCGUGGGUCCUGGUGAAGAGGCACAUAUGGACACUCAUGAAACCUUCAAAAAUGACACUUCUCUUUACAUACAAAUGCUUAGUGUUGAAGAGACACAGAGCUUCUCACUCUCCUUGGAAAAUAAGAGGGACAUUAUGACCGAGUAUGUGUACUUCCAGUUUACAAUUCAGUAUUUAAAUGUGUAUCAAGCGGAUAUAUCAAGAGUAAUUACUGUUAGAUUGCCAACAGUUGAUAGUGUUUCAGCAUAUCUUGCAAGUGUUCAAGAUGAAGUGGCAGCAGUUCUUAUUGCGAAGAGGACUCUCUUGCGAGCUAAAAAUUAUUCUGAUGCAAUUGAUAUGCGAGCAACAAUAGAAGAAAGAAUUAAAGAUAUUGCUAUGAAAUUUGGUUCUCAAGCACCAAAGUCAAAGCUUUAUCGGUUCCCAAAGGAGGUCUCUUUAUUGCCAGAGCUCCUGUUUCAUCUAAGAAGAGGCCCACUUUUGGGAAGUAUUGUUGGCCAUGAAGAUGAGAGAUCUGUAUUGCGGAACUUGUUUUUGAAUGCAUCCUUUGAUCUCUCACUCCGAAUGGUAGCGCCUCGUUGUCUAAUGCAUCGGGAAGGGGGAACAUUUGAGGAACUACCAGCUUAUGACCUUGCUAUGCAGUCAGAUGCAGCAGUUGUUCUUGAUCAUGGCACAGAUGUCUACAUUUGGUUGGGUGCUGAACUUGCUGCUGAUGACGGAAAAAGUGCAGCUGCAUUAGCGGCUUGCAGGACAUUAGCUGAAGAGCUCACGGAGUUGCGGUUUCCAGCUCCUCGGAUCCUUUCAUUCAAGGAAGGAAGCUCUCAGGCUCGAUAUUUUGUAUCGCGGCUCAUACCGGCACACAAGGAUCCUCCUUAUGAGCAGGAGGCAAGAUUCCCGCAGCUACGAACUUUGACAACAGAACAGCGGACAAAGCUGAAAAGCAGCUUUCUCAAUUUUGAUGAGCCUAGCUUCUGUGAGUGGGUACGAAGCUUGAGAGUGGUGCCUCCAGAACCAAGCUAGAUGAUCUUUACUUUGUUAAACUUAUUGGCAUAAUGCGGCUUCAGGAAGGUAGCGUUGGGAGUUGUAUCAGAGGAAAUUGUGGCAAAGGAAUUUUUCUUCUUCUUCUUCUUUCGUUUUCACUGUUGGAGGAAAUUGUAGUUAAGAUGUUUCUUGACAGCAAAUGAUGUAGCUCCCAUCAUCAUCAAUGUGAUGAACCAUCAACAUCAUCCAGUAGUUGCUGAAUGAUUAUUUUAUGCUGCUGAGGCAAAAGAAGGAAGUGUUAAUAGUGAAUAAUGGAUUAUUUAUAUACUCAUGGAAAAAAGAAAGGUAUUGGACUUGA